AUGGCCACCCUCAACGCUUCGGUGGAGAGGAACUCCUCGAGCCGAGUCAAACCUGUCAAGAGACCUUUGGGACCUCAGCUUCUCACUUUUGUCUUCACCUUCCUACAACCUGCUACCUUCUUGUUGCUGAGUACCCUGAAAGAGCAACCGAUCAAAACCGCUACCAGGAAGCAUCGACCUACGCCUUCAACUCCUCCCCCUCCUCCACGCCAGCUCGACAAUAUAUUCAUUGACGCCUUAGCCAAGGCAUGUUUAUGCCGGCAGCAUACCAUGGCCCAAGCGAUCGUCUCAAACCCUGGUUACCUAUAUCACAAGGUCAGACGGAGAAAUGCCUAUGACGCAGCGAGGCAGUUACGACAUGUCCAUCGCGCUGCUAUAUCCCCAUGUCCUCCUGCUAAACCACGACCUCUCUCUCGAGAUGAAUACCUCAGCAUGCUGGAUUACUAUAGCGAAUCUUACAGCACCCGGGCCGGUGUUUUGGCCGAGCUACCACCAGCAACUCCGAUGUCAUUUACGUUCAAGAGUGAAAAUACCAUGAUCCCGCCUCCAGAAGUGCAUACAGACAUCGAAGAGCCGCCGCCACCAGCACGUGAACAAGCAACAGACAAGACUUUACCAUCUUUGGUUCACCUGCUGGAGGUACUGGACAGGGGCGAUUGUACACACGAAGAAGCCUUUGAAGCCUACUCUGCUUUACCAUUCCCUGGAGUUUCCUACCUCUCAGACCAUACGCGUCGCUUGCUUUUUUAUCGACUCUCCGUCUUGGAAAAGAAGAAUAAAACUUCAAAAGUACGCUUUCUUUCUGUAGUAGAAGACAUGAAGUCCACAAAUCUACCCAUGACCCGCGGCGAGUGGACUAGCGCAAUAGCCUUUUGCGGGCAAUGUUUUACGCGUAUCACAGCUGUAGAUGUUGAAAACGCGCUGAGAAUGUGGAAGGAAAUGGAGCAAGAAGCAAAUGUCAAAGGUGGAAGCGUAACCUUCAACAUUCUUUUCGAUAUGGCCGCCAAAGCAGAAAAGUUUGUGCUCGCCGAAAUGAUUUUGAAAGAAAUGGGGGUCAGGAAACUAGAGUAUAACCGCUAUUCUCGCAAUGCCUUCAUUUUCUACCACGGCCUCAGGGGAGAUGGCGAUGCCGUCCGAAGGGCCUAUCGUGAAUACGUCGAAGCGGGUGAGAUUGUGGACACAGUAGUCAUGAAUUGCGUGAUCACAUCUUUGAUCCGAGCUGGCGAGCCCGCAGCUGCAGAGCAGGUCUUUGAACGCAUGAAGCGAAUGCACACAAAACACUCCAGUCAGCAUAUACCCCCCAGCAAUUGGAGAGACAAUCGCGACCUAGGCCGUCUGCUCAACCGAGCAACGCAGCGCUUCAGAGAAGAACCCUGGAAGAUACGGCAAUUGCAAAAAGAACAAUCCAUCGCCCCAGAUGUACAAACCUACGCCCAUUUCGUUGAAUAUCAUGUCAGCCAGACUGGCGAACUCCGACGCAUAGCCGCUCUUCUGGCUGAAAUGCAACAUCAGGGAUUACCCAUGCAUGGGCGUAUAUUUACCAAGCUCUUUAAAGGCUUCACGUACCAUGGUGGUGUACGAUACACCUCUUGGACCCGGGCUCGCCUGGAGAUCGUAUGGGAAUCGAUGCUGGGAGCACUUGAUCAAGGGUUAGAUGAUGUACGCAUGAUGAAGUGGAUGGUUAUCUGGGCCGUCAAAGCCUUUAAGCGCUGUGCUGGACGGCAAAGGACGUUGGAGAUCUGGAGCGAAUUAAGACAGAGAGGGAAGCCCAGCGAUGGGGAUAUGGAGUUUGUGAUGGGAUUGCUCGGCGAGAUACUCCCAAUGGAUGGCGGUUAUUAUAGAUGA